AUGUAAGAUUUAUUUAACGUAUUGUGUGAACAUCUUAGAAAACGGAAUACAUCCCUAAUUUAAGUUAAAAUCGAAAUAGAUUUAAAAAAAGACAAAAAAGACUGAUAUAGUGAUUUGAUGUGAUGAGUAAUGUUAAUCAUGGAUUCAUUGCUGUCCACGUGGGCGCAGGACAACAUUCCGAUUCAACUAAAGACAAAUAUCAAAAAUUAUGUCGUGAUGCGUGUAAAGCAGGUAUACAAAAUAUUAAAUCUGGUGGUAGUGCAUUAGAUGCAGUGGUUAAUGCUACAAUUGUGUUAGAAGAUUCACCUUUAACAAAUGCUGGAUUUGGUUCUAACCUUACAGUUAAUGGAACAGUAGAAUGUGAUGCUAGUGUUAUGGAUGGUACUAAUUUACAGUUUGGUGCAAUAGGUGCGGUUAGUGGUAUCAAAAAUCCUGUCUUCCUUGCAAAGCGUUUAUGCGAACAGCAAUCAAAAAAAAUUGGAUAUGGAAGAAUUCCACCAAGUUUUUUGGUUGGACAUGGAGCACAUACAUGGGCACAAGAAAUGGGUAUACAAAUAUUAUCGCCUGAACAGUUAAUAUCAAGAAAAGCAGAAAAAAUAUAUAAGUAUUAUAAAAGACAAGUAGAAAAUAGUGACGAUGAAGUUCAUAAGUAUGCUAAAAGGCGAAUGGAUACUGUGGGUGCAAUAUGUGUAGAUAAAAAUGGAAAUAUAGCAUCAGCUUGUUCUAGUGGUGGUAUCAUUCUUAAAUAUCCAGGAAGAGUAGGUCAAGCGGGUGUAUGGGGAUGUGGUACUUGGGCAUCUAAGGAUGAGUAUUCAGUUGGUACAAGUACAUCAGGGUGUGGAGAACAUCUUAUUCGUACUACACUUGCAAGAUCAAUAGCAGAAGCAAUUGUAAAUACAUCCUGUCCAACAACUAGCUUGCAUCAAGCUAUGAAAACUAAUUUUAUAGAAUCUAGAUUCUUAGAUGGACUUGAAAAGAAAUUAGGUGGAGUUAUAGCAAUUCGAUAUUCACCACAGGAAAAACUUGGCGAUUUUCUUUGGAGUUAUUCUACUAAUUCAAUGAUCAUAGGCUACAUGAAUUCUAAUGAACGGACAUCAAUAAGUCAUAUGUCAGUUUUACCUACACUUGAAGUUGGAAAAAAAGCAGUAGUCGAAGGCGUUUGUUUUCGUAUGUAAAAAAAUCAAAAUUUUUAUUAGAGUACAAGAACAUAUUUUAUUAAACAUAAAACUUUUAUCUGAUAAGAAAAAAAAUGAAAAAACAUAUAUGAUAAUUUAUAAUAUUAUAUACGUAAGAAAUUUGUACUUUUCUUUGAAAAUACAUUUUAUAUAGAAAACUGAGCAGUUAAUAUUAAAGUACAUCAUGUUUUGUAGAGCAUUGAUUGAUUUACGGAAUUUUGUAUAUAAAAAAUGUAUACUUGAUAUGAUAAAUGAAACACAGUGCUGCCAUCUAUUUAUUAAGAAUAUACUAAAAGGUUAGAAGUUCCUAUUGGUUAUUGCUAAUAGAAUCCAAGAUGGCUGACAUCUGCAUUAUUGAUAAUCAGGAUUUUAUUAAUAAUAUUAUAAAAAUAUUAUAUCUUACCUUAAAUAAUAUAUUAGUUUAUAUCUAUUUAUAUUUUAUGAAAAAUAGGAUCUCAAUGCGCAACAAUUUCCACGUAACGAAACAUGGGAAAUUGAUAUUAUUUGCGACAAGAUCUUCGACAUAGAUACUAUCGAACUAAUUAGCUAUAUUUAAUUAUAAAAAAAUUAAUCCUCAUUCAUUAUUUA